UUUUUUAAAUUUUCAUAUUAAAAUAUUCAAGACAAGAGAUAAAGAAAUGCGUGAAUUACUAGCUUUGAGGGACCAUUUUCAUGAUACUAUUUGGAAUUUGACACAAUCCGAUGAGAGUGUUAUUUCUCAAGAUUCGUUUUAUGGAAUUGGAAGGGAAUAUUUUGAUAAGCUGGUCCUUCGAACAUUUGAAGCUUGUCGAAAUCAAUUUACAAACGAACGGCAUUUAUUAAACAAAACAAGGGAAACUACAGAAUUGUUGUGGACAUAUACUAACAGUCUUUUCUUUGCAACUACUGUUAUAACUACAAUCGGUUAUGGAAAUCUCGUUCCAAUGACACGUCUUGGCAGAAUUGCCUGUAUUUGUUUUGCAUUAUUUGGCAUUCCCCUUUUGUUAGUCACAAUUGCAGAUAUCGGAAAAUUUCUUUCAGAUUUUCUCAAUUUUCUUUAUAAGACAUAUCAUGCUUUCAAACUUAAGGUCCAUUUAAUGGCUUUAUUUUUCAAAAUAUAA